AUGGUUUCCUUAGAAGAAAAGGUUAAAACUGUUGGAGUUGGAGGUGGACUUGUUGCUGAGAUCAAAUUGCUUAAGGAAAUGCAAGAACAUUGUGGGGUGAGAAAGAGUUUGAAUUCUGAGUUAUGGCAUGCUUGUGCUGGUCCUCUUGUGUCUCUACCUCAGGUGGGAGGUCUUGUUUAUUAUUUUCCUCAAGGACAUAGUGAACAGGUUGCAGCUUCUACUAGAAGAACAGCAACUUCACAGAUUCCAAACUACCCUAAUCUUCCUUCUCAGUUGUUGUGUCAGGUUCAAAAUGUCACACUACAUGCCGAUAAGGAAACAGAUGAAAUCUAUGCUCAAAUGACUCUUCAACCAUUGAAUUCUGAAAAAGAAGUGUUUCCUGUAUCUGAGUUUGGAUUGAACCAAAGUAAACAUCCAACUGAGUUUUUCUGCAAAACUUUGACUGCUAGUGAUACAAGCACACAUGGUGGUUUUUCAGUUCCGCGCAGAGCUGCUGAGAAGCUAUUUCCUCCAUUGGAUUACACAAUUCAACCUCCAACUCAAGAACUUGUUGUUCGAGAUUUGCAUGAUAAUACAUGGACGUUUCGACAUAUAUACCGAGGUCAGCCGAAGAGACAUCUUCUCACCACAGGAUGGAGUUUGUUUGUCGGCUCAAAAAGGCUUAGAGCUGGUGAUUCAGUUCUUUUUAUCAGGGAUGAGAAAUCACAAUUGCGAGUUGGUGUAAGGCGUGCAAAUCGUCAACAGACAACAGCGUUGCCAUCAUCAGUACUUUCUGCUGAUAGCAUGCACAUAGGUGUCCUUGCUGCUGCAGCUCAUGCUGCCGCAAAUCGAAGUCCAUUCACGAUUUUCUACAAUCCAAGGGCAUGUCCUUCAGAUUUUGUUAUUCCACUGGCGAAAUACCGAAAAGCUGUUUAUGGGACUCAGCUCUCGGUUGGUAUGAGAUUCGGUAUGAUGUUUGAGACCGAGGAAUCGGGUAAGCGCAGAUAUAUGGGAACGAUUGUCGGUAUCAGUGACGUCGAUCCACUAAGGUGGCCUGGUUCUAAGUGGCGAAAUGUUCAAGCCGAAUGGGACGAGCCAGGGUGUGGUGAUAAGCAAAAUAGAGUUAAUGUAUGGGAGAUCGAGACUCCCGAAAGCCUUUUUAUCUUUCCUUCUAUGACUUCGAGCCUAAAACGGCCGUUACAGCCCGGUUUUUCAGAAAAUGAGUGGGGAACUUUGAUAAGAAGACCUUUUAUUAAAGCACCCGAAAACGGAACAAUAGAUCUCUCGAACUCGAUGUCAAAUCUCUACCAAGAAAACAUGAUGAAGAUGAUGUAUAAACCACAAGUUAUCAACAACAAUGGAACAUUCUUACCUGUAAUGCAACAAGAAUAUGCUCCUAUAAGAGUUCCUUUGCAAGAUAUCAAGUCUUCGCAUGCGAUGGAGAAUCCGAAAGUUCAUCUUUCGACCACAGAGAGCAUACCUAAUAAUACCUUAAACAUGCAUUCGUUGUUGAGAAGUGAUCAACCUGAAAAGUUUCACCCUUUGACCAAAACCGAGAAGAUGAAAAUAGAAUCCGAGUCGUUGCCUGAUCAAAUUUUCGACUUCCCUUCUUUUGAAGCCUGCAACAACAUUGAAAAAGCGAAUGCUGCUAAUCCUGUCAAUCCUCAAAGCCUUGCAAACCAAUCGACAUAUCAUAAUCAAAAUCCGUUAUUAUUCGCUCAAACUAGUCCAUGGCCUAUUCAGCAGCAGCCUCAGUUAGAUUCGUCGAUGUUGCAUCCUCAACUGAUUGAUAUGGUCCAGCCCGAUUCUUCCGUUGUAAACGGCAUACUUCCUCAGAUAGACGUCGAUGAAUGGAUGAUGUAUUCUUCUUGUCAACCUCAAGCAGUGAAUCCCUCUAUACCUUCAAUGAACCAAGAAGUUUGGGAUCAUUAUGUCAAGAAUUUUAACAUGAAGGAUCUUUCAGACGAAAGCAAUAACCAAAGUGAAAUUUGCGUCAAUCUCGAUGUUAGUAAUAGUGUGAAUACCACUAUGGUAGAUCCUUCUUCCACUUCAAACACAAUUUUUGACGAUUUUGGCACAAUGAAGGAUAAAGAUUUUCAGCAUCCUCACGACUGCAUGGUCGGAAACUUAAGUUCUAGCCAAGAUGGCCAAUCUCAGAUAACAUCCGCAAGCCUAGCCGAGUCGCACGCCUUUUCUCUACGAGACAACUCAGGCGGCACCUCUUCAAGUCACGUUGAUUUUGAUGAAAGUAGCUUUCUGCAGAACAAUAACUCAUGGAAGCAAGUAGCCGCACCGAUCCGAACCUACACAAAGGUGCAAAAAGCAGGUUCAGUUGGAAGAUCGAUUGAUGUAACUACAUUCAAGAACUAUCAAGAGCUGAUUCGCGCAAUUGAAUGCAUGUUUGGACUAGAUGGUUUGCUGAAUGACACAAAAGGUUCGGGAUGGAAACUAGUAUACGUAGAUUAUGAGAGCGAUGUUCUACUUGUUGGAGAUGAUCCUUGGGAGGAAUUUGUGGGGUGUGUUAGGUGCAUAAGAAUAUUAUCACCUACAGAAGUUCAACAGAUGAGUGAAGAAGGGAUGAAGCUAUUAAACAGUGGAGCAUUGCAAGGAAUCAAUGUUUGA